AUGGAUUCUACGCCUCCUUAUCAUCGAUCGAGCACUAAAUUAGCUUCGCGUCUCGCUCGUGUUGUCAACGACGAUUCUCUCGAAGAUUCGAAGCAAGAACCUCUCAAUCUCUCUCUUGAUUUGGUUCUACACUCUCCGAAGAGCAACGACACUCCUUACCCAUCACCUGUCGCAUCUUCUCCGGUCUCUCUUCGCGAUAUCCUUCUCUUAUCUCCUUCUCCGCUUCGCAAAUCGAAGACCCGUUUAGCCGAUCGGCUCGAAAUGGCCUCCGAAGAUGCAGCGGAUCCAGCUGCGGUGGUUCGUAAGCGAGGGAAGACGAGAGGCGGGCAAAAGGGUCUUUUGGCUUCUCCAAGGAAUACCCGGAGAUCGAGGCGUAGAUCGGAGGCAGUGGAAGAGAAAGAAGCUACUAAUGAAGUGAUUGAAGAAAUCGUAAAGCCCAGAAAACGGAAAUACAAUGGUCGAUCGAAGAAGGAAAAGCAAAAUUCGGCUCCUUUGUUACCUUCUUCAGAUCUUCCAAGUGAAGAAUAUGUUUGUCAAAGCGAGUUGAAUCGGAUUGGAGAGAUAAUUAGUGAUUUGGUUAUGUGGAGAGAUGUUGCAAAAUCGACUCUCUGGUUCGGUUUUGGAUCUUUAUGUUUCCUUUCUUCCUGCUUUGCCAAAGGAGUUAACUUUAGCGUUUUCUCGAUGGUUUCCAAUUUCGGACUUGUGUUACUUUGCGGCUCGUUCCUGUCAAACUCAUUUUGUCAAAGGAAAAACGAAGAUACAAAGAGAGAGUUCCAUGUGAGUGAAGAUGAUGUCUUGUGCUUAGCCAGAAGAUUCCUUCCUGCUACCAACUUUGUGAUUUCAAAGACUAGUCAGCUCUUUUCAGGAGAACCAUCAAUGACACUCAAAGUGACACCAUUUCUGCUAAUUGGAGCUGAGUACGGGCAUCUCAUAACUCUGUGGAGGCUAUCCGCAUUUGGUUUCUUCCUCAGCUUCACUAUCCCAAAGCUGUAUUCAUGUUACACCCAUCAGAUUAGCCAAAAAGUUGAAAGAGUGAAUACAAGAAUAGGUGAAGCAUGGGGAAUGUGCUCACACAAGAAGAUCUUGGCAGGCUCUGCUGUGACAGCCUUUUGGAACUUGACAAGCAUCAGAACCCGAAUCUUUGCCGUUUUUAUCAUCCUGGUGAUAUUUCGGUAUAGGAGACAGAAUCUACAGCUAAAUCCCGAGGAAGUCGAGCUUGUUGAGGAUGCGAAGCAAGAAAAAGAAACACCUCCACAGGAAGAAGAACAGACGCAGCCACAAGAUGAGCAAGCAUUAGUGGAAGUGGUUGCCGAAAUUGAAGGUUCAAAGAAACUCUAG